ACACUAAAAUUUCACAAAUCGAAGGUUUGAAAACAGCGCAAUAUUUAUGAAAAAUAGUUUUUUAUUUUUUGAGUUCGAAAAACAAUAGCGAUAAGCGUACGCCUUACUCAAACCAUGGAGGUCGAUCAGUCCACGGCGGAUUGGCCGCAACUCUUGGAGAGCUCCCGACUACCCCUGAUUGAUGAAACGUCUGCUCUAGGACAUCAAGCUCCGAAAGACAGAUUGAUUACCAUCUUAGACCAAGUAGAAAUGCGAGUAGAGAGGCUUCGAAGAGAUACUGUUAGAAUUGAAGAAGAGAAAGAUUCCCUUUUAUCCACGUUGGAUAGUAUUAAGCAUUCCGAACUACUUGGUGAUAUAUCUGAAUGUGAUAAAGAUGAUAUUGCAAGGUAUGCUGAUAGAAUCCUUGCCAGAGCUUUGACAGUUGAGGUUGCAGUCCGUACAGACAGAGAUGCACAGCAGGAAGAAGCAUUGCAUCAGGUGAACCUGUACAUUGACCAGCUGGUGAUGACGGUGCAGGAGGACGCGGUGUUAGCGCACACCCGCUGCCAGACGUACAUGAACGCGUGCACGUCGCACCCGGACUCCGCCGGCACCGACAAGAACUUCGAGACAGCGAUCCUUGGCUGCACACUGGACGACCAGAAGCGUAUCAAGAAGCGACUGCAAGGUCUGCUCGAGUACUUCGCGAAGCUCAACGUGACGUCGUACUCGUGACUGCGCACCUCGCCUCGCUACUUCGACGAGUCGUGCUGCUACUUCGAUGUUUAGAUCGCGUGCUUAGCUGAACGGUGACUGGUCGCUCUUACCUACGGCCGCUUUCAAUAUAAACUUAUUUUGAAUUUACAUUUAAUGAUAUCCUUCGAUUGAUACUUAAUCUGCAUUUCACUAUAGGAAUCCCAUAAACGCUCAUUUGUCGUAAAAAUUUAGAAAACAUCUAUCUUCACGAUGUAUUCCAAAAAAAGGCGAACAUAAAAUAAGAAUGAUCCGUAGUGUAGUUAUUGAAACAUUAAAAGCAGGGAUUUGAUUGAAAUAUCAAUGUCUAUUUGUCAAUUUAGGAUUGCGAUUAAUAUACAGUGUAACAGGCGAGACACUAAUAUUACAUAAGGAGAGUACGUGAAUCGAGUAUAUAUCGAACUCGGUACUCGAUUCUUGUUAUAAUUUUGCUAUAAAGUUCAUUUAAGAACAAAUUAUCCUAUAAAUAAAUAUAGUGUUGGAUACAAAAACGCACUGCGUGAUUCCUUCGUUAGUUAAUCGCAAGCGGUGACAGGUCCGCGUGUCUGCCCCCCUAAUUCCGCGCCCCGCGAUUAGCGUGUAAUCCGUGCAUCCGCGCGGUGAGUUAUGUAAUUAAUUACUUAACUUUCGGUUAAGAUUACUAAGCCCCAAAGUUCAUAAUUGAAGUUGAACGCGAUUAGAAUACUUUCGACUAAGCUUUACAGCCGUAAACGAGUUUACAGGUUCCAUUCGGAUUUCACUAACACAAACUAAACACAGUUAUAGAAUAAACGCGUUUAAAUGCUGACCGCCGAACUUACUGACUUAUCGAUGACUGUUUUGACAGAUAUUUGAUACAUUCUUCUUUAUUUUAUGAUAUUUAAGGUGAAAUCGCUUUGUUUUUAAUAGAGAUCUAAAACUGGCUUUUUCAUUUGUUUACGUAAAACUGAGUUUUAUUAAACUCAGUUAACUUGGUGAAAUCGGGACUUAGUAGUCAAUAUUUACUUUGUGAGUGUCUCACCGGUGAUGCUGUAGAAAGCGGCCGUUAGACAAGUUGCAAAUCAGUUGCGAAAAUUAUCUUAUUAUGUCGAUAUCACGCCGCUGUCAUAUAUAUUCGAGCCCCGGUUAAUGUUUCUCUAUCAAAUAUUCAGAAAUAACAGUUCAAGUUAUUUUGCUUAUUGUAAUACUGAUAUAUCGUUUAAAUAACCGCGUCUUCUUUGUGGCAAUUUGUUUGUAAAACUAAUUCUUUUGCCUCAUAAACAUCUUUUUUUGUGACACUCGUCACUAAACACACAUAUCACAUUGUGAUUGCAUCAGCGUUAAUAUUUGUGAACUUUGGUACAUAUUUUGAUAUGUCUUGGUCCAUUGCUUGUUGCUGUAGCACAGUCUCAUAAAUAUAUUAUAUAGUGUGCUUACUCCGCCGUUUGGUUUGCGACGAUAGGAAGAGCGGCUUCUCCAUUCUACCCGCGCCCUGUGAAGUACCGGUUCGUUCUAUUGCGUAUCGGUACUCGUAUGUUCAUGUAGACGAAAUAAGUUGCACAUUUGUCGUGCCACAACACUGUUUGGUUACUAAGUGGUUUUUUUUUAUCAAAUAACUACUUUUUAAUUUAAAAAUGCUCACACUAACUGUGCUCUAAAUUGCUUUGUUUUGUGACAACCCUUGCGUCUAGACAUAGUUGACCCCAUGUUUUUAAUUACACAUUCAAACUUUACUUACAUUAUUGCGGCUUUAAAAUAUCAGCUGUAAAUUAAAAUGCUUCUUCGUCUGGCUACUCUCUGUACUAAAGACCUAACUUUAAUUUCUAUUGUUGUGCGUGUAUUUAUAAGUUUAUUAGUGAGCUCAUUUUAUAUGCUACAAUAUUAUAAGUGUCUGUAUGACUUUAGUGCUUAUAGUGUCGCGUUUAUUAGAUACUGUAUGAUAAACAGAUAAAUAAUAUAUUCCUAAACUCGCAAUGAAUUCGGAUCUCGUCCGAGGCAUUUUUUCUUUUCAUAAACACGUAGGUGUGUGAUCUUACAAUAUAAAUAACAUAAAUCUUAUACACGAAUAAUUAUAGAUGUUACACUUAUUCGUCAACAAUAGCGGUCCAGUAAUUAAAAUAUAGAUAAUUAUAUAUAUACAUAAACAAAAUAUUUUUUUUUUACUAUUUCUAACCAUAAUAACAGAGUAAAACGGACUACAAAAGACUGAUUUUUAAACCAUCUAGUCACAGUCAUCAAUAGAUACACCUGACAUAAUUAUCGAUGCGACAAGACGGGAUGUCUUAAACACUGCCCUAAAUUCCUCCAUACGGCACAUAAAUCAGUUCUUGUGUGAGCGAGACAUAAAUGAUAUUGUACGCGAUCGAAAAAAACAGUCCAUUAUGAGUUCAUUGCACGAAAUGUGUCGUAGUUUACGACCGCUCUAUAAUAAAGAAAUAUGAAAGACAUUACGAAAGAGCAGAGUAAAAACAAAAACUAACCAUUGAUAACUUGAUAUCUUUAUAUAUUUAAAUAGGCUUUAAUAAUUCGAUUUCAACACCGAGAAAUCGUGAGUAAAGCCGAUUUAUAUAAAUAAAGUUAUUAAUGUCUCACGAAAGAUUUAAUAAUCUAAUUGUGCGAUAUCUACUAAGGCAAACGAGACGAGAUAAAGAAUGUAAACAAAGUUUCAAAACAUUAUUUUAGCCGACUUCAAAAAAGGAGGAGCUUCUCAAAUCGGUAUGUUUUUUUUAUGUUUGUUACCUCAGAAUUUUCGACUGGGCGAACCGAUUUUGAUCAUUCUUUUUUAUUUGAAAGCUGGUGCUUCCCUUGUGUUCCCGUUGUAGUCGGUCUCAGCCAAGGUAGGUUUGUAACUACAUACAUAGUUAAAGGUGAGAUGUGCUUUAGUCGCACGCGUAAUGUGAGGAGGCGAGAGGCGAGAGCGGGGCCGCGGUGGGAGGACACAGAUUCCAAAAAUAACAAUAAUCGUAACUAGAAUUGGAUUAAUUAAUUAGAUUCUCCAAAAUACGCAAUUAUUUUUACACAUUUUAGUGCAUAUUAUAUAUAGUUUUAGAAUAGUAUUUUUGAAAUCGAUUGUUUUUUUGUUAAUUUUUUUUUAUUUGAAUUAUGUACAAAUUUUGGAUUCCCUAUUUUAAUCGUGUUCGUCUGUAUUAAACAAAGACAAUUCGUCGGAAGAGUCCGAAUCAGUUGUAUUUAUGAAAAUGGAACUCAGUAACGGUCCGUCUGUUUACAUUCUUUAUCUAGUCUCGUUGGCCUUAGUAUACUAAGCCUAGUUAUACCUAUAUAUCAAGGAUGCUGUAUAAUAUUUUGUCUCUGAUCUAUUUGUAUUCAGACUUGAUCGUCUCAUUUUCCGUCGAGGUUUUGCGUCUCUUAGAACUGCCGGUCAAUAGUAUCAGGACUUAAAAAAAUUGAAGUAAUUUUGUAUUAAAAAUUUUGGUAACUAAAACUUAUUGCUUAAUAAUUGUAUGUGUGUGUUUGGUAACAUUGAUGUUUGUAGAGGGACAAGACUCUUACUUGAAUAUCUAAGACUACUAAUAUAUCACAUUUAUAAUAUUAUACUAUUUAAAUAUAAUGCUCAAAUGCCCUUAGUCUAAGUCCAUAGUAAAUUUCAUCGAAUUCGGUUGGAUAGUAUAGCCUUGAAGAAUAACAGACAGGUAGUGCAGCAACAGCAGUAUGUACAGCAACAGACUGAUGCUUAGUUACAUUUAAAUUUAAAUAUAUUAAUUUCGAUUGAACUCACCAAAUUUUGUGUGAAUAUGUCAUUGUCAUGUUUUAUAAAAUUUUGCAAAUUGCUUGGAUUAUUGGCGCAACUGAUCUCAACUAUCGCACAUAGUGUAAAUACCUCAAUUUAUCUAUUUAAUAUAUCUAUCGAUAUAUUCACCGAAAUCGAAACGUACUAUAGUGUUCUCUUUAUUAGUCCCAGACAAAAGACAAGAAAAAGAAACUAGCUCCGCCCACAACCGAUUUAAAAUAAUAGGGCACGUUCAUACUGAAUAAUAAUUUAAAAGGGUAUUUAUAAUAAAUUUAGCAUCCUAAGGCUUAUGACAAACUUAUAUUCGCCAUCUAUCGAGCAAUACUUGCUGUAUUUUAUUUCACUAAUUUGUGUGAAGUGUCUUAGUUUAUAUUUAUUGAAUUUAAUUAUAAAGCCAAUAAUUUUAUUCGUUAAAUAUUUGGUGGGUACAAACUUCAACGAAAUGUUUUACUCGCUACGUGAUUCCCGCCUAAGCGUUUUAUCGGCGUCCAAUCAUGAAUUUGUUGCUACGUUUAUAGAUAGACUACAGGCGUUAGUUUUAAAAGGCAGAGUUUCUACAGGACUGAUUUUCAAUGAAGAAAAGAUAUGAAAGUCGUCCGGAAAUGUGUUUGUCUUGUACGCGGCUAUUUUUCUUUGUAUUCAUGGUGGUAAUGUAAUCGAGGUGGUAGAUAUGUAUUCGUUUUGUUGAUUGAUAAAUAUAAUAUUAAUUAUAUAAUAAUAAUUCAUGUGUACUUAGUUUUUAAUUACAUUAUUUUGUGAUUUGUUGAGAUGUGCGUACUUCUUAUUGUUUGAUGUUCGCGUAUGCUCCAAACUUACACACUUAUAUGUUAAUAAACUAUACUUAGUAUAGUUUUAAUACCGCCAUGAAAUGGUGUUUUAGUUGUAUUAAAAUUAGGGAACACUUAAUUCUAUGACGCAAUAUGUAGACGUUAGUCAUUCUUGAAUGAAAUAAAACUAGUUGGAUAAAGGUGGGUGUCCAAAAAGAUAAGCUAAACAUCUAAAUUGUAUGCGCGAAGAGUUAAAAACAGGGUUCCUAAAUAGAUUGCGACAUUAUUACCGAUACUGAAGGUACUGCGUUGGCAACCAUGCGUUUGACAACAGCUAAGUGCCUCGUAACCAUAAAGCCUUGUCAUUGAAUAAUUAAGCGACUGAUGAUAAUUCUAAGAAUUCAUAAAAAUAUCAACUAAUUAAAUUAAAAGAUAUUAUCAAUGACGUCAGUGUUUAGCGUUGAUUUAUUGGUUUCUUUUUUGGACUUGUCGUAGGGUUGCGAGCGUUUAUAGAUCGUCUAAAACUGUAGAAAAUAUUUUCAUAUUGCGUCAUAGAAAGUGUCGGGAUUGGGUAAUUGAAGUGCUCUAGAAUGUUCUGUGAUUAUACUGAAAUUAAUAAUAAUAAAAUUGGUGCACAGCUGACAUACAUUAUUGAGAUCCUAAUUGUAAAGCACACAUAUUUACAGGAAUUUACGAUUUAUAGAUGUCAAAGGUAAACGGCACGUGUCCCGGGCACCGAGUGUUUGACAAUUAUAGCAUUGUUGCACUAAAUUGUAUGAAAUACUUCUCGCUAAUAUAUCACUAAGUUUGACACCAAAGUCGGUUGUGCCCCAGCCAAUGCGCGCGAAGUGUGUUUGUUGCUAAGUCGAUGUUAACUGAUAAAUUUACAGUAAGUAAAAUAUUCCUUUAAAUUGAUGCUUUUAUAGGACUUUUGCAUUUUUUAUUAUACUAGUUACAAUUGUUUCGGUUUGGUAUUAUAGGUACCUACCUAAUAAAUGUCUAAUGAUGGUCUAUU